AUGGGCGACACGAAGAAGAAGGAGGAGGAAAAAGAGUUACGGAUUGUGACGGCCCGAUCACGGAUAAUAGUGGAAGAUUUGGAAGAGGCCGAGCAGAAGUAUCAGGCAGUUGUCGCCUAUUGCAAGUGAGAUCACUGAAAGGUUUCCAGAAGAGUGACUACGAAUUCAGACACUUCAACACGACAUUCAACGACGGAGAGUUCCCUCGGACAUUUUUGAGAUUGACUCUCAAAAAGAUAAUCAAACUCAAGAAGAUUUCGCAAACGGUCACCUGGAUCCGUCCCGUCGAGUACACGAAAUGCAUACCGAUCGGCACAACGGCGGACGGUUUGAUCCAACACUUCCGUGAGCCGCCGCAAUGGUCCGUGAUGGAUAAUCCGACGACGUCUGAAGUGAAGCAGUCGCGGGUUCCGAACUGUGGAUUCGUGGCGGCGCUGGCUGUAGUCGGAGGGCAUCCGGACAUUGUGAAUGCACUGAUUCCCCGCAAAGAACUGUCCGAGUACGGGGUGUACCAAGUGAGAUUGUGUGUGGACGGCGAGUGGAAGCGCAUUCUCGUCGACGACUGGUUUCCAACUGCCAACUUGACGUUCGAAACAGCACAUUCUUUGAAUAAUCAGGCGAGUAGUGUUAAGAGCUUUGUGCUCAACAACUUUGUAACUGUAACAUUGCAAACAUUUUGCAGCUGUGGCCAUUCCUCGUCGAAAAAGCGCUCGCAAAAGCGUGGGGACGAUACGCGAGGCUACGUACGGCCCGAAUGGAUGUGUCGCUCAGUUAUUUGACAGGCGCGCCGAUAACCUCUCUCAAUUGGCAUCAGCAUCCAGACGAUCCUGAAGCACUGUGGGAGCAACUAUUGUCGGCGAGGUGAUUGAUUGUCAGAGAGCCACAGAAGCACAAUAUCACGAUGGUUCAGAGCCAACGACUUUCUGAUGACGUGUGCAACGAACCGCAAAGCCAAACGGAGUAUGGGUCUUGUUCGACAUCACGUAUACUCCCUGCUGGACGUCAUCGAAUGCAGUGGCCAUCGACUAUUGUACAUCCGCAAUACUUGGGCUCGAUUUGUGUGGAAAGGGAAAUGGUCAUGCAGUUGGAGUGGUUGGCCGUGGGAAAUGAAGAAACGGCUGCUCAUGGACAGGACCAGGAUAAACGGAGCCUUCUGGAUGGAGUACGACGACUUUUUACAGAAUUUCGAUUCUUGUACGCGUUUUCAAAUUUUCUACACUUUUCCGAUAUUGUUCAUUUUCCAGUCGCCUUCUGUCGACAUCGUCCCGCGUGGAGUGUGAUCCGAAUGCAUCUGGUAAUAGACGGACCACUGGAUGGUAGUCAGAAAAUGAUCAAGAUCAUUGUACCCCGAACUUGUGGCAUCGCAUUCACUUCUCACAAACCAGGACUUCAUAAUAAACAUGUAGGCCCAUUUCGUUCAAUGUACGUUCACCUUUUAAUAUUGUUCAGUGCUUCACCUGGAUCCUCAUCUAUUCUGCUAGAACAGGCCAAUUCGUUCGGCACGGGAUCGUAUACCAAUCUUCAACCGACGACUUGCGACUAUCUGAAGGCAUCUACCACGUCGUUGUCUGCCACAUGGGCACCACAAAAACCGUCAGAAAUGUCGCGAUCCACAGCUCGAUCCCAAUUUGUGCUAAACUCAUAAACUUGAGCUACAAUAUCGGCGGAGCAUUCCAACAAAUGGUCUUGAGACACGGGCGGUCUGUCAAACUUUCCGUGAAUCGAUACAAUGUGAACAUAUACAAAUAUUGUAUGGGCGGUAACUAUUUGAUUGUGAUGGCUGAGAAUCGAAACAAGGAAACGUAUCUUCAUGUGCAGUAAGUUUCUUAAAAUGGCUGAAAAACGAAGAAACGUUCAGUUUGUACGUUGGCAAAAUAACGAAAAGUCGCGCGAUUCCGUACUAUUUUUCGCGUCGGCCGACCCACAUCGAGCACUGGUUCGCCGAUGUGAUUCCUCCAAUGUGCCGACAAAUUCUUCUGAUUGUAUACUGUGGCCAGUCGCAGUCAGAUGGCUUUCCGAUGGACAUUGAUGUAAGAAGCUCUAGUAGUGUGUGUGUGUGAAUUGAUAGUAUCAACAAAAUUCCGAUUGCAGUACUACCUCUCCACUGACAAAUUUACGAAACUUGGCCGGAAUUCGAGAGCGGAACAUGUUCCAGAAAUACAUAAAAAUCAUCACAUUCAUCAGACAACUGCAAUAUAG